UGCAACGCUGUUGUUGAAACUUGUUAAGACCUUCGCAUUGUUUUGAAUUUGAUGCUUGGAGUAAAAAUUCUGCUUGCGAUAAACGAAAUUGAGAAAGUAAACAAGCAACUGUUUUCAUCAAAUUAAAAUGAAUGUCCAGCGCAGGUGCUGGACGUCCUCGGAGGAGGAUAUAUUUCUGCGCGUCUGGCAAAACAAUUUAGGAACCGUGCACGGCGGUCGGCGUCGGACAGAUGUUUGCAGAGACCUUCAAUUUGAGUUUGCAAAUAAUGGAAUUGAUGCCACUGUGGAAAAUAUCAAAGUAAAAAUGGACUCGUUUAAGCGAAAAUUUAGUCAAAUUAUAAAGGAAGACAAGCCAAGAAAGCCAUGGAAACAUUUCGACACAAUGGUCACAAUAAUGGGAUAUCCAGAACAAAAUACAGAAACACUCUUUGAACCAACACAAGUGAUCUCAGACGACGCUAUCAGCUUCGUCUGUGUCGAUGAGGUUGCGGAAUAUUCCCAAGUUGAAAUUGAAGUCGAGGACAUGAGGACCAUGUCAUCGUCGACCAUGUCGACCGAUACUGAUAAAGCCAAACCAUCCGACUCGCCGCUCUCUAUACCCAAUAUGAUUUCGGAAAAGGCCAAACCCAGGCGCAGAUUUUGGGUUCUGCAGGAGGAACAAAUAUUCCUGAAUGUGUGGCACAAAUAUGUGCGAGAUUUGCGAACUGCUAAGGUCAAGUUGCACGUAUAUAAGGAAAUGGCUUUGGAGUUACAGAGCCAGGGCAUUAAGAUGAGAAGCUCCGAUAUCAAGGCGAAAAUUGAAUCGUUUACUCGUAAAUUUCGCAAAGAGCGUGAUCUGGUCGGUAACGGCUCGAAAUGGAUUCACUACGCAAAGGUGUGCGAACUGUUGAACACGUUACAGGCCACGAGUCUCGAACAAUACUCUGAGCACAGUAAUAUUGAUAACUCUUGCAACUGGUUCGAUCAGGACACGCCGCCAGCCUAUCCACCAGCGUAUGCAAACUCUUCACUCGAUUGCGAGGCCAUUGAACAGCCCUUGAAGAAGGCUAAAGGUAAUGAAUACGAUGAAAACUGCUCCGUGGCUCACUCGGACAAUGCAGUGGAAGACGAAUGUUAUCUAGUAUACCCAGAGAACCUGGCGCUGGUGAUGCUGCACGAAGGUCAGUCCAUGGAACAGCCCGUCAACGCGAAUGAAACGAUCUGCAGACCCCAACUAACCGAACAAUUUGGUAGAUUUGUUAUCAAAGAGCUGAAUAUGCUGAACGACGAUCUGCUCACGGAGGCCAAAAAGAGAAUCUACGACAUUAUUUGCAUCAUGCACAUGAAGCAAAUGCAACAAAAUAAGGCAACAAACUAAA